UUGGCAAAACAGAAAAAAUAUAAUCAAUCGAAAAAGUGUAAUUCUUCGGUCAUCUGUGUGUCGAAUCUUUCGUCUGGGCAUCACAAAGAUACGUAUAGAAAACAGGAAAAACUGGUGCCGUUAAUAAACUUUGCCCACCAGCGAACAGGAUCCCAAAAUUUCAGCAUUCGGAGUAAUCCAUGGACGCCAUAAACAAAUUUUACACCUCCGUCUCGCAAACGGUAUCCACCUUAUCUUCGGUAUUUUCCGGAAAUCCUCUGACGAAAGAGUAUGACAUCGCGGAACAUAUUGGAUCUGCUGGUUCAGAACUGGUAUGGAAAAUUUACACGGGCAGCAAACGUUCCACGAAAGAAGCGGCUUCGAUUUUCGCGUUCGAUAAGAAGCAGCUAGAAUUGUUCACCAAAGAUGAGCGGGAGGAGAUAUGCGAAAAUAUACGCCGAGGUGUGGUCCAGCUGACCAAGAUACGCCAUCCACAGGUCCUGACGGUGCAGCACGCAAUGGAGGAGAGCCGUGACACGAUAGCGUUCGCCACCGAACCGGUGGUGGCUAGCGUGGCCAACUUGCUCGGAAACACCGCGAACGUCUCUAACAGUGGCUUGCUGGCGGAAUACAAACUGUCCGAGUUCGACAUAAAGUAUGGUGUAUUUGAGCUCAUCAAGGGCAUUCAGUUCCUACAUGACGAGGCUCAGCUCAUACACCGGAACAUCUGCACGGAAAAUAUUGUCGUCAACAGGCAGGGAGUGUGGAAGUUGUUUGGGUUUGGGUUUUGCUGGAGCAAACGGACGCCCGGUGCACCUGUGAUGAAUCAUUACUUUAAAAACCGCCUGCUGGGCAAUCCGGGUUCCAAGUGGACGGCACCGGAGCUAAUUCUGGAAAAUAGUUGUAAUGAGUCAACCGAUAUUUAUUCACUAGGAAUUUUAAUUUAUACAAUUUAUUCCCGAGAAAACAUUCCAUCGCCGGAUGCUUCAAUGGAUCUGUACGGAUACAAGCAAUCGGUGACGAAACUUAGCAACCAAGGGCCAUCGAAGUUGAACGCUGUACCGGAGGUGCUUCGGGGCGAGGUGAAGCGAAUGUUAAGCGUUAACCCGCAGUCUCGCCCAACAUUACAGUCAUUAGUGCAGAUUUCAUACUUUUGCGACAACUACGUGCAAUGUCUAGAUAAUUUGGAAACACUCUUUCCAAAGGAUAACUUAGAAAAGUCGGAGUUCUACAAACGGCUCUCGCAGAUAAUAGGAGAAUUUCCGCACCGUGUCCGUCUGUACCGCAUCCUUCCGUCGCUGGUGAAGGAGUUCGUCAACUGCUCGAUGAUUCCGUUCGUGCUCACGAACAUCCUUACCAUUACGGCGAGCUGCACGCAGGCCGAGUACAUGCAGCACAUCAGCUCCCAUUUGCGGCCGGUGAUGUUGCUGGACGAGCCCGUCCAAAUUAUGCUGAUAUUCUUCCAGAACCUCGACGUCCUGCUGAAGGUGUGUCCCUCGGAGGAAGUGAGAGCCAGCGUGCUACCGCUCGUGUACAAAGCGCUCGAAUCAAAAUCGCAGCAAAUUCAAGAGCUGUGUCUCUCGAUCAUUCCCUCGCUGGUGGUGCAUCUCGAAAAGCCAACGAUCAAGGCCGGCCUGGUGCCGCGCAUCAAGACACUAUGUUCGGGCACGAACCUUGUGUCGGUACGGGUAAAGUGUUUGCUCUGCCUCGGUCAGCUGGCGACGAAAAUCGACAAAUGGGUGAUGAUAGACGAUAUUGUAGCCUUCCUGCCAUCCGUCAACUGUCGCGAACCGGCUGUAAUCAUGGCCAUCGUUGGUGUUUACAAAAUAUCGUUCGCCACGGAAGGCCUAGGCAUACCGAAAGAUGUGCUUGCUUGCAAAGUUCUUCCGCACCUCUUCCCGAUGACCAUCGUGAACGGCCUUUCGUUGCAACAGUUCAAUGCCAUCAUUUCACUCAUAAAAGAGUUCACGCGUAAAAUAGAGGACGAACAAGGAGACAAGUUGGGAAGCAAAACGCCGAUUUCGGCCAGCGCAAGUAAUGGCAGUCUGCAGGAAAAACAGAAAUCCGCACUACAAAACGAUCUUCAGCAAUCCUUCGGAAGCCUGGGAAUGGACGCCUAUGGGGAUUUUAUGCAAUCUACCACAACGCCCCAGCAGACUCAACGGACGCUUACGUCUCCGAUGCAGCUCGCCAAGCCCCAGCAGCCAAUUCAACAUUCCAGCACACUUAACUGGACCGUUCCGCCGGUUACAACGACGGCAAAGGAGAACAGCAACAAGUUUAACCUCUUCGCGCAGCAACAACAACAGAAUGUUUCUCCAUUAUCAACCUCCUCUUCCUCCACCUCAUCGUCCUCCUCGUCGGCGAUGAAGCUACGGAAGACGGAUACCCCACUAGCGUUACUUCCGCCGCCCGCACCGGCCAUAGCGGUGCCAAUGGCCACCGGGCCAACGGUUCCCAGUGCAUGGUUGAGCAAUCUUAACGGCCCAACAAUGUUAUCAAACGUGACCGCACCAAAAAAACUCGAGUCCUCCACAAUACCCAAUCCGUACGGCCAGCUGCAACCGCUCAUUCCUACACCAACGCAAAAGACUCGCGACACGGGAAAAUCGAGCUCGAGCCCGAUGCUAUCGAAGGAGGACAUUAUGGAGUUUUUACAAAAAUAAAAAGCACGUUCAAGUUUUACGCUUGUUUUAACACUAUUGCACUUUCCCUCCUGUUUGUGGUCGGUCGGAUGUCGGACCGACUCACACUCACACGUAUGCUGAUAAUGGCAAUAAAUGAUAUCAUUAUGAAGAAAACCAGAAACGCAUGUUAUCGCUUUCCAUCUCAAGAUAAUCCAAUUGAAUA